GACUGCGGUGUUGUUAGUUUGAACAAAAUGGCUGCGAGACCACUGUCAACGAGAGCUCACUGAACGCCUACCAUGACUGUCCGCUCCGCUGUCUGGAUCCACACAGAAUGUAUUUCCCCGGAGUCGUUUCUCACUUUGCAUUCGCGGUAGUCAGCCCGUCGCUAGUCGUUCAGCUGGCGACCUAAACGAAAAGAAAAGAAAAAAAAAACAAAACAUUUCUUUUGCACUUUAAAACAAGUUGGCUGGCUGGCUGACGGCCGUCGGCUUGCUCUAAGACGCGAGAACUCAUUGGCGAUUUUUAACGAAAGCUGCCUGAUUUCUCCGGUUUGCAAAACGCCGCAACGGUCGACGACUUACGACGCCAACCAGCUAACGUUAGCUUACACAAUUUAGCUGCUUUUAAAAGUCAUUUUAUUCGUGUUCGUUUUUCAUUUUCUUUUUUCUUUUUUUUUUUUUGUUUUUUGUUUUUGUUGUUAGUGGUGCUCCGUUCCCCUCCCCGCCCCCCUUUAUAUCGUGACGUUUUAACUAACUGUUUUUAUGCGACUGUAAUUUCACGGCAUAUUUUUCUUUUUCUCAUUUUUCUUUUUUGCUCAAAGCAUAAAUUGCCGUACUUGAUGUGUAUAACGUUAUAUCUGGCUGAGUAGCCGUUGUUUACCUCGGUAUCUUGUCACCAAGCUGCUUCAGCAGCAGUCGGCUUAUCUGCAAAGUCUGACUUUAAUUGCGACUGAAUCUCUGCUCCAUCUCUUUACGGGUAACUUUAGAAAAGACAUCGAAGAAUGCUUUUCUGCAUUUUUUUUUCUGCCAUGCACCGACUCUUCACUGAAAGCUGCCAAAGCUGUGGUUAACGCAAGCUGAGAGAAGCUAGCAACAGAAGAAAGAGAACCAUUUGAUGGAAGAAAAGAAAAAGAAAAAACAAGAAGAAAAGACCAAGAAGGACGUUGCUCAGAAAAAGGCUGCUGAUCAGAAACCCAAAGUGCCAGAGUCUGCUCCCACUAAGCCCAGUCCCGGCCCACCCCACCACCUCCACCCUGCCAGCCCCACGCUGCCCCUCUCCUCCUCCUCUUCUUCUGGCAAUGGCAAGCGCGCCUGCUCCAGUAGCCAGCUCCCGACUCAGACUCCCCCUCAGCAGCAGUGCCAGUUGUCCUCUGCCAGUGCUCGCUACCCGCCCAGAGAGGUGCCCCCGCGCUUCCGCCAGCAGGAGCACAAGCAGCUACUGAAGAGAGGCCAGCCACUGCCUGCAGGAGCCCUCAGCGCUCUCACCCUCUCCUCCUCCUCUUCCUCAUCCUCAUCUUACUCUUCUUCUUCUUCUUCUACGAGUACCAGCAGCACUACCCCAAACUCUGCCACGUCCACUGCGGGCAAACACCACCCAGACAUAUCCCUCCAGAGUGGCCCUGGUGCCCAGUAUGAGACCUCUCACUGGGGAGCCUCUUUGCCAGUUGACAGCCCCUCCAGUGCCAACAGCUGGGACAAAGUGAUUAUUGACGGAAGUGACACAGAAGCUUGGCCCUCCAUCAGCCGCAGUAGUGACCCCAGCCACCCUGCAGCACCAGAAUGCCCCUUGGGCUCAGCUAGCUCUAACCCAGACACCAGUGCUGUCACUACCACAAGUAGUAGUAGUUUUCUGAGUAUGGCCACAGGUGCCGCAGGCCAGCAGGCCCACUACCCCUCUCUCAAAGCUAACCCCAUGAUGACAGGACCCGGGUCAGCCAACACACUAGCUGGUAAUAGAGGCUGGGGCUCAGAUGGGAAACAAGAUGUUAUAAAUGGUGGUCGAGUAGGAGCACCCAAUAGCUGGGGCUCUCCCAAUUUUAACUUGAACCUCAACCCCAAUGCCAACCCAUCAGCCUGGCCUGUUCUGGGCCACGAGGGUGGCCCCAAUGGAGUGUCCAGCUCCUCAUCUCUCCCACCAGGUAUUAAUGGCAAUGGAAAUAUGGGAAAUGGGAGCCGAGGAAGUGCAGAUAGUGGGGGAGGUUGGGUUGGCAUGAUAAGUGCUAACGAAAAUGAAAAACAACACCCUUCAACCAACACAAGCUUGUCUUUCAAUAUGGAACCUACUAACCUUAACACUGAUGGACCAAACCACACUAAGCAACAGCAGCAAGCUCAGGAGCCUAUGAGCCCUAUCCAUGGGUUAACUGGCUGGGGAGGCCAAUCACCCACCGAAUCAUCCCAGCUCAAUGGGGACACAACAGGCAGCUCUGUAUGGGGUGGUGGAGAAACAAAGGCAGCUGACUCCCCCAAGGACUCAGGCUGGGACUCAACUCCUUCUGGAGGCCUUUCUGCCUGGGGUCGCCAAGGCAGUGGAGGAGGAAGUAGUGGAAGUGGUGGCUGGGGUGACUGGGGAAAGUCCUCCGGGGGUGGAGAUGCAUCUAAAGGCUGGGACUCAGUAGAUGCUGGUAGUUCGAGUUCAGGCCAAGAGCAGCAACUUAGCUCAUGGGGCCAGCAGCCUGGAACAGCCCCAGCAAGUGAGGGUAGUGGGGACAGCAGCGAAGGUCGAUCCCACCACAGAGACAGGUCCUCCAGCAUGGAUUUUACCCCUUUGCUACCCCGGCAGGACCUGGACCCUAGGGUGCUGAGCAAUUCGGGUUGGGGACAGACACCCAUCCGACAGCACACUGUAUGGGAGAUGGAAGAAGCCAACUCUGAUGAUGGGAAGAGCAACAGCAGCUCAGACACAAUAGGAGGCUCGAGCUCUAGUGGUGCAUCCUCAUCCACCAAUGGAGGUAAUAUCAACCCCAACAUUGGCUCCAGUCAAAGGCCUGGGUCUGGAGGAAAAAGUGACAGCGAAGGAUCAUCAUCCUCUGGCUGGGGAGCCCCUCCACCCCAGCCAAUCCAGACUGGAUCAGGAUGGGGAGAACCCCAACAGUCACUCAACAAAGCCCCAAAUGGCACUACCAGUGGCUGGGGAGACCCUUUACCUACCAAUGGUCCUAAAAAUGGGGGCACGCCAUCCUGGGGUUCUGAGGACAAAUCACCCAGCUGGGAUGAUGGCCUAACGAAAAGCCAGUCUACUAGCUGGGGAGAAGGCCCCAAAAGCUCCCAUGGUUGGGGCAAUGGUAAUGGAGCCUCCAAUGGCUCCAGCACAGGGGACUGGGGAGAAGCAGAGGUCAAGAACAAUGGGUCGUCCAGCAGCAUGUGGGAAGGAGAAGGAGGGAAUGUAGGAAGUGGUGGAUGGAAGGAAAGCCCCAGAGGAGGAAACAGAGGAGGAGGCUGGGGUAAGCCUGCCCCUGCUGUGAAUAAUAGCAGCUGGGGGGAGACCUCACGUUCCAAUGGCCCAGUGCAAGGAGGCUGGGGCUCUUCCAAGCCCCAGGAAAGCAGCAGCAGCAGCACUGGUAGUGGAGGAGGUGGCAGCAUUGGUUCUUGGGGUGGUCCUGGUUCUGUGAAGCAGAACACCUCUGGCUGGGGCAAUGCCAGCAAACAGGACCAGGGCGUGGAGCCCACAGGCUGGGAAGAACCCUCUCCUCCCUCCAUCCGCAGGAAGAUGGAGAUUGACGAUGGAACAUCCACCUGGGGUGAUCCUAGCGCCUACAACAAGACUGUCAACAUGUGGGAUCGCAACAAUCCCAAUAAUAACCCAGGCAACAGCGGCCCACCUCCCAAUAAGAAUGGUGGAAUGAUUAUUCCCAACAAUAACAACAACAAUCACUCUGUCAGCCCUGGGAACAACAAUCACCAUCAUGCUCACCACAUGCACCACCAUGCCCAUCAUGGCCAGCCCCCAGCUCACCUGCAGCACCAUGGAAACAACAAUGGGUCGCCCAACAAUGCCGCCUCACAUUCAGGUGCAGGCCCCCAGGGUAGACCCCCCCUCGCCAACCCAGGCUGGGGAGAGCUUCCCAGUGUUCAGCCCAAGUCAGAGCCUGCUUGGGGAGAGCCAGCAGCUCCAACUUCAACUGUGGACAAUGGUACAUCUGCCUGGGGCAAGCCCCCAGGUGGAGUAGGAGGGUGGGGAGACGGCGGGCACGAGCCCUCUGGACCCUUUGGCAGGGCUAACGGACCUCCAGGUUCUGCACCCUGCAAGCCAGGCCCCAAACCUAUGCAAGAUGGCUGGGGAAGUGGGGAAGGAGGGGAGAUAGGCAUGUCUGCCAGUCAGUGGGACACAGAGGAUGGGGACAUGUGGAGCAGCCCGACCUCCCAGGAGAGCAGUUCCUCAUGCAACUCUUGGGGAAAUGGACCCAAGAAGGGCCCAAGCAAGGGAAAGAUGGGCAACAAGCCAGAUGAGGCCUGGAUCAUGAACCGUCUCAUCAAACAGCUGACUGACAUGGGCUUUCCGAGAGACCCCGCUGAGGAGGCUUUGAAGAGCAACAACAUGAACCUUGACCAGGCCAUGAGCGCCCUGUUGGAGAAGAAGACGGACCUGGACAAGCGGGGCAUGGGCAUGUCCGAUUACAGCAACGGCAUGAACAAGCCCCUGGUGUGUCGGCCCGCUCUCUCCAAAGACCCCUCUGAUCGCACCACCUUUCUCGACAAGGAUGGUGUUCUGUCAGACGAUGCCCCCCCAUCACCGUUUCUGCCUUCCCCCAGCCUGAAGCUCCCCCUGGCCAACAGUAGCCUUCCUGGGCAGGGUCUGGGACAGGGCAACCCGGGGCUGGCCAUGCAAAACUUGAACAGACAGAUACCCAGUGGAAUGUUUGGCAGUAGUGGAGCAGCACAAACCCGGGCCAUGCAGCAGCAGCCUCCUCAGCCACCUGUGCCACCUCUCAGCUCCUCCCAGCCUAGUCUACGUGCUCAAGUGCCUCAGUUUCUCUCCCCUCAGGUCCAAGCACAGCUCUUGCAGUUUGCAGCAAAAAACAUAGGUCUGAACCCUGCACUUUUAACCUCACCAAUAAACCCUCAACAAAUGACCCUGUUGUACCAACUUCAGCAACUGCAAAUGGCGUACCAGCGUUUACAAAUCCAGCAGCAGAUGAUGCAGGCGCAGCGCAAUGUUUCCGGGCCCAUUAGACAACAAGAGCAGCAAGUUGCACGUACAAUCACCAACAUGCAGCAGCAGAUCCAGCAGCACCAGCGUCAGCUGUACCAGGCGCUGCUGAUGAAGCAGCAGCAACUUCCCUCUCAUUCCUCCUCCUCUUCCUCCUCCACUGGUCUGCAUCCCCCUGGUGGCCCCGCCGGAGGCCCUGGCUCCGGCAAAUCAACCCUGGACCCCUUCACAGGCCCACACCAGGCUCCGGGCCUCGCCGACACACUGCACACCAAAGAGCCGCCGUCUUCGCCCAACGCCUACAGCACCUACCCUCUCUCUGGACUGAAUCCAAACAUGAAUGUAAACUGCAUGGAGGUUGGGGGUCUGUCCCUGAAGGAGCCCCCUCAGCCCCAAUCCCGCCUGUCCCAGUGGACACACUCCAACUCCAUGGACUCUGGCAAUUCCUCAAACAUGGAGAACAACCUCAAUAAGCACGGUGCCAUAUCUGCUGCCUCUACCCUGGGCCCCCCUGGGAAGCCCCACCAGCUGGAAGACUCAUACAGCCCUUACAAUCUUAUAUCCAGCUCUGAGUCCCCCACCAGCCCCCUGGUGCCCCCGGACAGCUGGGGCCAGGGCAAGAGCCCCAAUGAAAAGAUCUCCAAUGGGACCAACAUUAACUGGCCCCCAGAAUUCUGCCCAGGUGUGCCGUGGAAGGGUCUUCAGAACAUCGACCCCGAGAAUGACCCCAACAUGACUCCUGGCAGCGUCCCUAGUGGUCCUACCAUCAACACCAACAUCCACGAUGUCAACCGAUACCUGCUGCGGGACAGGAAUGGAGGUAAACUGUCUGACAUGAAGUCCACCUGGUCCCCAGGGCCCAUUUCCCAGAGCCAAGCCUCUCUGUCCCAUGAACUGUGGAAAGUCCCCCAGGGGCCACGCAGCACCACGGCUCCUUCUCGACCCCCUCCAGGCCUCACCAACACCAAGCCCGCCUCCACCUGGGGUGGCAACUCACUGGGCCUGGCCCAAGGUUGGAGCGGCUCCUACUCCUCUGAAGGAACCACCUGGAGUACUGACAGCUCCACCAGGACCAGCAGCUGGCUGGUGCUGAGGAAUCUCACGCCACAAAUUGAUGGUUCAACUCUGCGGACCCUGUGCAUGCAGCACGGCCCCCUGAUCACAUUCCACCUCAACCUGACCCAGGGGAAUGCUGUUGUGCGCUACAGCUCCAAGGACGAGGCCGCCAAGGCCCAGAAGUCUCUGCACAUGUGUGUGCUUGGAAACACCACCAUCCUGGCGGAGUUUGCUGGCGAGGAGGAGGUGAACCGCUUCUUUGCACAAGGUCAGUCUCUAGGGGCAAACACCACUAGCUGGCAGGCCAACCCAGGAACCAAUCAAAACCGGAUGGGUGGGGCAGCACAGUCCCACUCGAUUGGCCAGUGGAGCAGCAGUGGCAGUGGAGGCAAGGCCAGCGGAGGCGACCUGCUGUGGGGCGCAGUGCCCCAGUACUCCAGUCUGUGGGGACCGCCGAGCGGAGAGGACGCCCGCGUGAUUGGUAGCCCCACCCCCAUUAACACCCUGCUGCCUGGAGAUCUGCUUAGUGGUGAGUCCAUGUAGGAUGAUGCCACGAUACACUAACCAACCAGCCCACCACCACCGUGUCAUGUAAGCCAUCGGUGGAGGGUGGGAUGGAAGAAAAUACAAAACAAACAAAAAGAAAAAAAAAUUCAAUACAAACAGGAGCAAAACCCAAGCAAAUCAUGUGGCGAUAAUCAGUAUCAAAUUGAACUGUUUUGAACUGUGAAUUGUGAUUCAGAAGGAGGGAGUCCCAACCACAGACUGCAGACUCCAGUCCUUCUGUUUUACCUUUGUCCUGUUUUUUGGUUUGGCUUACCUUUUUUGGAAAAAAAAGCAAGUUUUUUUUUUUCCCUUUUGGUAUUUUUGAAAUGCAUCAUAUAUAACAAACUGAAAUGAGACACAACACAAAGAAACCUUUCAAGUGUUUUUUAGUUUGUCCAUAAGUAUACAUGACAUUCUGUGUGAAGUGUUUUUAGGAGAAGCAAUCAAAGCUGCCAUCUGAGACUUUCCUUUUCCCUCCAAAAAAAAAAAAAAAAAAAAAAAUCAUCCCAAAAUAAGACUUAAAAUGACCAUUCCCAGCAUGUCCAUGGCCAAUGAAGUGGUUCAAAGACCUUUACUAGUUAUGUUAACAUUUGUUUCUCAGCACUAAUAUUAGCCUUAAGUGCUCUCUGGCCCAGGUCCUUCCCAAGCCGCCUUUUUUUUAGUUUGUUUUGUAACUGAAGUAAUAGCUGAAAUCUUGCACAGUUUCACCUCUGAGCCAGCAAGUGGUACAGGACACGACUGGUGACCAAUGCUGUCACUGGGCAGUAAGAAGGCCUGGCCACGUGACUGGCCCUACCAUCAAUUUUAAUUUUAAUUUGUCUUCUCAAAGGGAUUGACUCAGCUAUUAAAUAUCCUUUCUUUUUAUGUAGGUUUAGUUCCAAGCGCAAUUUUGAUAUCUAUCACAACAUAUAAGCUGAGAGAGGAUUAUUGGUCAACCUCGUUGCGUGUCUCCGUUUCCAUACAUGACUAUGUAUGUCCGGUGGCACCCAAUCAUUGACGUCUGCAAGCCCAGAUCCCUCUGGUCACCUUCAACUUGGAACCCAGUUGCUUAUUUGUGCUUUGUUGAAUUUUCUAUUGUCCAAUUUGUUAUGAAGCCCAGUGGUCUGUAUGGUCAGCCAGUUUUGGGGGGGGGCAGAACACAAUUUCACCUUCAUGUGACAGUUCAUUGUGCAAUAUACACCAUAGACCUUUCUUCCGUCCACACUCGAUGUCCACCGGAGCUGGUUUCUCUUUUGCUUUUGUGUUUUUUUGUUUUUUGUUUGUUUUUUUGAUUGUUGCUGAUUGCAGCAAAAGACUUUGGAACUUCAAAAACCUUACCCCUUUUCAAAACUUGGAUUUCCCCCCAGGCCGCCAGUCCCCCUGAAACUGUUGGGAAAACUCUGCAAAGAGGAAGAAGCAGCUGUUGAACUGUGCAUGCAGCAAACUGUACUAAAGAGUGAAACUGGGCACACAACAAUGCACACUUCCUCUCUGCGUGCCACAGCCACACCCAACAGAGACUGAAUGCACAGUGGGAUUGGAUGGUUCUGGGUAUCUGGCACAAUACCAAAUAAGAGGGGUUUCUCCUAAUGCAGUAGACCUACGAGUGUUCCUUGCGUUUGGUACUGUACAAACAGAAGAGACUAAGACUUUUAUAAAUUCAAAGGGUUUUAUCAUAGCACUUAUGAAGAGCAAAUCGCUUCAACUGCAAUCCAAUAAAUCAAAAAAGGAGCAGCAUAAACAGUGAAAACAACAAAAAAAAAAAACCCUGCUCUUUUAUGUACUGUAUCUAUUUCUUGGAAAUGUGUCUGGCGUUCCUCUGGUAGCAGGAUGAAGGGAAACAAAACUGAAAUGUACCAUUGGACUUUUGGGAAAAAAUUGCAGUCUAUGAUAUUUUUUUCCUUCUUUGAACUUAUCAAAGUGAAUAUCACUGUUACUCCAAAUGUUUAGCCUUGUUCUGUUUGGAGGCACUAGACUUGUAACGUCAGUUGUCUCUGACACCUGCUGGCCAGUCAGCCAGUCAGUCAGUCAGUCGGUCAGUCGGUGAGUCAGUCGGUGGGUGAGUCAGAGUGGGGUGGGGAGGUGGAGUGUCCACUGAGUGCCUCUCUUUUGUGGUCCUCUGGGUGUCAAGCGGCAGCCCCACUUCCUCCUGGGCUCCACUUGACCCUCCCUCACUCUGACAAGAAAGCGGCUCCUCCAAGACUGGCCAGUCACGGCUCUCUGCCACACACGGCAUCUCCAACGGGGGCCCGCCACCACACGACCCUGCUGUCGUCCUGCAUUCUCCCCCAUCUCUCAGUUCUUUGACACAGAUCACUUUAGCUGGAAGAUGUAAUAGUCAUAUUUCUGGAAUUUUUGCCAGUGUACUCUUUUUUUUUUUUAAAGAUCAUUUGAUUUUAUUUUUUUCCAAUGUGUUUUAUUGUUAUUUUUGUCUACAUGCAGUGGUCUACAAAAUACUGGCUGCUGAACUAGCCCUUCACUGUUCAUAUGCAGAAACACUUUGGUCAGAGGUGCCUCUGUAUGUUCAUCCUGUGUAUUGAAUGCAAAACGAGGAUCAAUACUACAGACCGUUAUUGAUUGUCUAUUUGUUUUUAAACUGAUCAUGCUUUUGUGUUUGACAGUAUUCUGUAGUACUUCCAGGUAGUAUCUUGAGAUGUGUAAAAAAAAUAGGGUGUGGGUGUUUGUCGCUCCAAGCUGCUCCGCCUGCCCGCAGGCUGUCCCCCCUUGCCCUUUGCCUAGCUGCUACGCUAUAACCUCCUCUCCUCCUCCACCUCAACCAGACCCAGUAGCCCUCCCCUGACCAGGCACCAACAGGCCCUCGUAUCUGUUUCUAUGCAAAAGACUAGAGGCUGGGGCCAUUUACAGCACGCCAAACCUGACUUGGGAAUGAGCACUCCUCCCAGAGCUUGGCAAACUCUAACACUUGUCCCCCGUGCGCUCCUGUCAGCACUUCAGAAUGGCCACCAUUUCUUUAUAGUCAGGCUAAGCCACCAGAACACUGUCAUAUACUCAAGUCCGAACACUUUAUCAAAGGUCGGCCUUUCUCUCUGCGCUGAAGACACUUCUGUCCAGCUUGAUCUCAGGGUAGGGGAGUUGAUGAUACCAAGUAUGAGAUGCAGCUCUCCGUAUCUGUCCUUUCUACUGUGAGAGCGAAGUCUUAAAUUACAAAAAAAAAAAAAAAAGGCCAUCUGCGCAACAAUAUGUACAGACCUCACGCCUCGAACUUAAUCCUAAUUGGAUGGGAAAAGGCUUAUAUUUAAUCCUUUUCUCAAUAGGUGGCCUAUAGUUACUGUUUGGGGGCCUAUUAUUGCAUUUAAAAGAUGCCAAUGUAAUGUGCCAAUAUAAAUUUGCUGUGUCAUACUGUGUCAUUGUAGACAGCACUUCUGUUUCCUGUUUGGAGGAGCUUUGAUAACCUUUGCAGAGGGUGUAGCGGGGGACAGGAGGGAUCAAACAAAUGGGCGGCAGCAUCACACCCUUAAAUGACUGAGAUUUUUUUUUUAAUGCUUUUGUGGGGAAUGCCCCAAGGAGAAAAUCUACUCAGUUGGGGGUUCCAGUUUGCUACAGUGCACAGUUGCUGAUGGGUAAUCCCGGGUACAUAUUUUUUUAAAACCAAAAAUGAAAUCGCAUUUUAACGUCAUUUUUAUGAAGUUUGACAUAAAAAUCUUAAAAAUGCUAAAAAAUCUAAAUGAAAAAAAAAAGGAUCUAUAUGUUAAAGCUCUGCACUUCUAGCUGAAACGUCUCCGGUCAUCAGCUUCUACUACCACCAUCUAAAGGAGUAGACUGGUGGCCGGGGUGCCUUUUUUGUGGAUGCUGUAUUUAUCUCGUUUUUAUGUUUGUGUCCUGCUCAAAGCAGGCCCACUGAACUGUACAUUUCCACAGACCCAGAUGGCUUGGGCCCACUGUAUCAGCCUCACUCCCCUCACUCUGCAUCAGCAAGAGGGGAGGGGCGCAUUUCAAGAGGUACAAAGUCUUAAGAACAUUUAAAAAAAAAAAAAGUUUAAAAAUUAAAAAAAAAAAUAAACAAGAAAACGGGAAAAG